CACUUUGAGCUCAAUGAUCCUUCUGAAGAUAUCACUUAUAAAGGUGUUGUAUUUAAUGAAAUGAAGGGUGUCUAUUCUCAACCAGAUAAUAUACUUGGCCGGAUUUCUCAGCAGGCCCUUUACCCUGAUACUACCUAUGGUGUUGACAGUGGAGGUGAUCCUCAAGUCAUUCCCAAGUUGACAUUUGAGGAGUUUAAGGAAUUUCAUCGCAAGUAUUACCAUCCCAGCAAUUCACGAAUAUGGUUUUAUGGAGAUGAUGAUCCAAAUGAGCGCCUCCGCAUCCUGGGUGAGUAUUUAGACAUGUUUGAUGCAAGUUCGGCUCCAAAUGAAUCAAAGAUUGAACCACAGAAACUAUUUUCUAAGCCGGUUCGGAUUAUUGAGAAAUAUCCUGCUAGUGAAGGGGCUGAUUUGAAGAAGCAGCAUAUGGUCACCCUUAACUGGUUGCUCUCUGAUAAACCAUUGGACUUGGAAACUGAGCUAGCACUUGGGUUUCUGGAUCAUCUUCUGUUGGGAACUCCUGCUUCACCACUGAGAAAAAUUUUGCUAGAAAGUGGACUCGGAGAUGCCAUUGUUGGUGGUGGGGUUGAAGAUGAACUACUUCAGCCUCAAUUCAGCAUUGGGUUGAAGGGAGUUUCUGAACAGGAUAUUCAUAAGGUAGAAGAGCUAGUCAUGACUACACUAAAAAAGUUGGCCAACGAAGGUUUUGAUACGGAUGCUGUUGAGGCAUCUAUGAAUACAAUUGAGUUUUCUCUAAGGGAGAACAACACUGGUUCGUUUCCUCGUGGCUUGUCACUCAUGCUCCGGUCCAUUGGUAAAUGGAUUUAUGAUAUGAAUCCAUUUGAGCCAUUGAAAUAUGAGAAACCUCUUCAAGAUCUAAAAUCCAGACUUGCAAAGGAGGGAUCUAAAGCUGUCUUUUCUCCUCUAAUAGAGAAAUUCAUCUUGAAUAACCCGCAUCGAGUUACUGUGGAAAUGCAGCCUGAUCCAGAAAAGGCUGCUCAUGAUGAAGCCACAGAAAAAGAGAUCCUGCAGAAAGUUAAAGCUGGGAUGACAAAAGAAGAUUUGGAGGAACUCUCCCAAGCUACUCAUGACCUUCGGCUUAAGCAGGAAACUCCUGACCCACCAGAAGCUCUGAAAACUGUUCCUAGCCUUUCUUUGCAAGAUAUUCCAAAAGAACCUAUUUAUGUUCCCAUUGAGGUUGGUGAUAUCAAUGGAGUAAAAGUUUUGCAGCAUGAUCUCUUCACCAAUGAUGUGUUUUACACUGAAUUAGUAUUUGACAUGAGUUCAUUGAAGCAAGAGCUUCUUCCCUUGGUCCCACUGUUUUGCCAAUCAUUGCUGGAAAUGGGAACAAAGGACUUGACAUUUGUCCAACUAAACCAAUUAAUCGGAAGAAAAACCGGAGGAAUAUCAGUUUAUCCAUUUACCUCAUCAGUGCGGGGCAAGGAUGAUCCAUGUAGUCACAUGAUUGUUCGAGGCAAAGCCAUGGCUGGGCGUGCUGAAGAUCUUUAUGAUUUGAUUAAUACCAUUAUUCAAGAUGUACAAUUUGAAGAUCAACAGCGUUUCAAACAAUUUGUUUCCCAGAGUAGAGCAAGAAUGGAGAACCGGUUAAGAGGCAGUGGUCAUGGAAUUGCAGCUGCAAGGAUGGAUGCUAAACUAAAUACUGCAGGCUGGAUGUCAGAAAAGAUGGGUGGUCUCAGUUACCUUGAAUUCCUGCGAACUCUUGAAGAGAGAGUUGAUCAAGAUUGGGUGAAUAUAUCGUCAUCUCUUGAGGAGAUUCGUAAAUCUGUAUUUUCCAAGCAAGGUUGCUUAAUAAAUAUCACCGCUGAUGGAAAAAACCUAGCAAACACAGAAAAGGCUGUGGGGAAGUUUGUUGAUCUGCUGCCUACUAGGUCUCCCAUUACCACAACUAAUUGGAGUGCUACACUUCCAUUGACAAAUGAAGCUAUUGUCAUACCUACUCAGGUUAAUUAUGUCGGUAAAGCAGCUAACAUUUAUGAUAGUGGUUAUAAGCUUAGUGGGAGUGCCUAUGUUAUUUCCAAAUACAUUAGCAAUACAUGGUUAUGGGAUCGUGUACGUGUUAGCGGUGGAGCUUAUGGAGGUUUCUGCGAUUUUGAUACUCAUUCAGGUGUUUUUAGCUUCUUAUCUUAUCGAGAUCCGAACUUGCUGAAGACACUUGAUGUAUAUGAUGGAACUGGUGACUUUUUAAGAGAAUUGGAAAUGGAUAAUGAUACUCUGACAAAAGCUAUCAUAGGAACCAUUGGAGAUGUAGAUUCCUAUCAACUUCCUGAUGCCAAAGGAUAUAGCAGCAUGUUACGAUACUUGCUGGGAAUCACAGAGGAAGAAAGGCAAAGGAGACGUGAAGAGAUAUUAGCUACUAGUUUGAAAGACUUCAAAGAAUUCGUGGAUGCAAUGGAAGCAGUCAAGGAUAAAGGGGUUACUGUUGCAGUGGCAUCUCCCGAGGAUGUGGAUGCGGCUAACAAGGAGCGUUUCAACUUCUUUCAAGUAAAGAAAGCCCUUUAGAAUAAGGAUUUAUUAGUCACCAAUUGGUACCUUUUAUUAUUUUGUACAAUAUACUGUAGCUGCCUAUAGAUUUAUUAAGGCCGAUGUAUUUUAAUUUAAAGCUGUUGAUUUCAAACUUUAGGCAUAUGAUGAUACGAAAUCUUCAAGAAUAUAGCAAAUAGUUGCACGCUGUAAAAACAUUAUACAAUACGAACUAAUAGACAAUACGUGGUUCUAUUCGUUGUUUGGAAA